CCAAGGAAUCCAGGAAAGAAAGUUUCUUGCAGUUUGGAGAUGGGAGACUUUUCUUUUCUCCAGGACCCACCCACCGCGAAGCGGCCCACAGGCUAAGGACCACCUGGCCGCACCGGGACUGAAUCCCACCUGGCCAUCAUCAGGAUGGGGAAGAAACUAGUGACAGCCCAGAAGCGAGGGGAGACCCGAGCGCUUUGUCUAGGUGUGGUCAUGGUAUUUGGCUCGGUCAUCGCCUACUAUAUCCUGGGGACCACCCUGUUGCCCCUGUAUCAGAAGAGUGUGUGGUCACAGGUCUCCAAAUGCCAUCUGAUUGAGGCCAACAUUAAAGACCAGGAAGAGCUGGAUGGCAGGAAUGUCCCCCAGUACCCCUGCCUAUGGGUCAAUGUGACUGCCUUGGGAAAAUGGGCCAUGCUGUACCACACAGAGGAGACGAAGGAGAAAAAUCAUCAGUGCUCAUACAUACCAACCCACCUGGAGAACUACCGCAAAGCAAGAUUAGACGUGGAGAAGAUAAAGGCGAAUUUCAAAGAGCAUCAGGCUUUCCUUUGCUACCACGACCCUGAGGAAAAUGAGAGGAGCGUCUUAUACACACGACUCUAUGGGCCCCAGGUCCUGUUCUCUUCUCUCUUCUGGCCAACCUUCAUGUUGAUCGGGGGAGUCCUGAUCAUUAUUAUGGUUAAAAUCAACCAAUCACUUUCUGUACUCGUGGCUCAGCACUAGCAAUAAACAUGCGAUAGCUCAAACCAA